GCGAAUGUGACUGUUUUUUUCAUUACACUCGGUGAAUUUGUUUAUUUAACACAGAAAAAAACUGCAAAGUUUAAAUAAAUCACGAAAACGAUUAAUAAUCCUAAUUGUUUUAUUUUUUUGUUUUAAAGAAGCGUUAAAAUAUAAAAUAAAAAAAAAAACAUAUGCAGAAAAACCAGCUACAAAAAAUGUUACAUUAGACAGCACAUAAAUAAUAUUCAACGACAUUGUUGUCCUACUACCCAUACAAUUUUCUAUUUAUUGGAUACCAUGGCAAAUUAUGUGAUAUCAUAUUAUUUGCAUCUGACUCUCGUAGUGAUUGUAACACAACACGCUUGCGGCAUCAGAGUCGAUUUCAACACAAAUACGGGACCAAUCGUUCCGCCGACGUCAACACAGCGUCCCGUGCCUCAGCCACCGUUCCGGGAACCAGCUCCAGUCUGGGAAGAUCAAUCCGAUGACAUUCCCAAUCCAAAUCCUUAUCGUUACAUUCCUCCCCCUCCGUCGCGGCCACGUGGAGGUUUCGACAUUUUCUCCAACUCCGUUGUAGAGCCCAGCUACAAUAAUAAUAAUAAUAAUGGUCGUUACAACAAUAACAUUCAGCCGCAAAGUCAAGUCGUAGGUUAUCAGCAUCAUCAUCCAUCAUCGUAUUUCGAUGACACUCGGCGAUACAAUAGUAAUAGCAAUAACAACUACAACGUUCCUAGUCUCUCAGUGCGAUACAUUCCCAAUGUUGGCUUGAGAUACUAUGCCGUUGUGCCGAUAAUCGACGCGAAGUUACAUCAUCUCCAGACGAAUCAAGUCGACUACAACAACUACAAUAAAGAUAAAUAUCUGUACAAACGUGAAUAUUUUGAUAAACCCAAUGGAAAAUUCAAUGCAAAGCUGAAAAAGUACAAGGCAUACGAGAUGGAAAAACAAAAGUUUAAUGAAAAUGUGCCGUAUAACUAUUACAACAACAAACAACAAGUGCCAAGAAAGUCGUUUGAUUAUGUCAAUAAUGCUCCAGUUUCUGCGAAUCCAAACAACAACAACAACAAUAAUAAUAGCAACAACAAUCACUCGUCCAAUAACACAAAUACUAAUAACAAUAAUAGCAAUACGAAUAAUACUAAAAAUUACAACAACAACAAUAGUACAAAAGAUGCGGUCAGUAAUAAGCAAUAAUAGAAAAAAAUGAUAAAAAUUUGAUAUGAAACAUUUUGAGCAAGCAAUGACGACUAUGGAUGUAAAUGCUUUAAAUUGCAAAUUUUGGAUUUUAAUUAAAAUUUUGCUUUUGAAAUUUUGUAUUUUUUU